GCGUCUAUCGAUCAGCAGAUUGAAGGCGGUAAAAUCUGUUCACCGCCAUUCUCGACCAACCGGUUUGAGAGUCACAGUCGCCCUGUGCCCUGCACGAUGGAUUUCUUGAAAAGUGUCCUUCCACCACUGCCGAAGCUACCGAAGAUGAAGAAAAUCCGUCACUGGAACAGAGGUUCACUGCUAAACUUGAGCCCGUUUCCGCAUCUACCGUCGCCCUUCAAUUUCGGCCUUAACGUGGGCGGUGGAGGAUCAGGGACUGCCGGACAUCGUCCACCCUCCCACGCUACGGUCACCACAAGGCCAGCCGAGGUAAUACCGAGGCAGGCACUUCGACAUACGCGCCAUACGUCGGACAUCUCCAGUAUCUCGGCGACCGUCGACAGCAAGGCGGUCCCGGCCGGGCUGGAGCUUCGCGACAACUAUGGACUGUACGCGCUGAAGUGCGACCGGAACGCAGCCAAACGCGGCAUCCUGUUGCACUUGCCGCGCAAAAUUACCCAGGCCGUGGCCGGGUAUCCACCAGCCACCAUCCACCAGCCCACCGCCGGCGGAGAGAUGGUGCACGAGAAGUUCUCGCCAUGCAAACAACGACCGGCAACGACGGAACAGCAGACGGCUACGAUUCAGGCACCGCCACGCCGCCGAAAACGCCCACCGAAAGCGACGCUCCUCGAGAGCUAUAGUCCGGCGGAAGUGAGCGAGCGUGAUCGUGGCAAAUGGCAGAAGAACAGCAGCGAGCUGUUUCGCAUCGUCGAGCGCGAGUCGGCCAACGCUGCCCGGUUGCGGUCGACGGGCGGUCUCGGACUUCAGCUAAUACGGCCACCUCUACCGGGGGUUCGCGGUGAAAGGCGCGAACGUCGGGAAGAUGGUGCGCCGAGGUCCGCCGAGGCCAGCCGAUCGUUAAGAAGUCAGCUGAAGGCUCGUUCGAUGGAUAACCUUGCGGCCACACACCCCAAACACCCGGUACGUCCUCCCGUACGGGUCGGGCAAAUCGACAACGUGUUCAGUGAUAGCGAUGACGAAGGACGCACGAUCGGACUCGAUGACCAUCGGCCAGGACCGGUUGCAUCGGCCAGUGCUAGCCAGAUCGGCCAAAGGAAAACGGAAGCUUCCACCAGUGGACCUGCAGAGGUAGCUGCCGAUCUGCACGUGCAGCUGAAGAAGGCGACCUUUUUCUCGAUCGACAACAACUCGGACGAGAUAGAGGUCCGCUUCCGGAACAGCAGCGGCGGCGGCGGCAGCAGUACCGAUGAGUCGAGCGAAACCGAAACUCUCGGGAAGGACGGUACAUCGCAGCGAUUGCCGCUGCCUGCACGGGUAGCGCAAUUGCGUCGUGAAACUACUCGCCCGCUCCCUCCUCAACCGACGGCCGUGGUUCCGCUGGCUGAGGUCCUGAAGCGAUCCCUCGACAGCGGCGAGCUGAAACGACGCUGGCUGAACAACUUGCUCGCCGAUGGUAGCCUGGCGCCGGAUACCUUCGAAAGCAGCGUGGACAUUUUCCACCGACCAGCGUGCGAUUUCCACGAGUUUGAUACCCUGUUCCCCAAUGCCUUCCCCACACCGAGCAUUGGCAACGCCAGCGACGAAAUCCUGGACGUUGACCGCAGCCGGUCCACUGCCAGCCUCCAGCAGCUGUGUUUCUCGUCAUCGUCGUUCUCGUCACACGACGCCAAACCGGAAAUGACAAAUAGAGGCAAACAUCGGAGCUCACCUCUAACCACGUCACCAUCACCUUGGGGCGCCGGCUGCCAGCAACAUGUCUGCGGCCCAUCCAGCGGAAGCUUCCGAAGCACUGUCCAAAUUCAAGACUACAGCAACAAGCAACUGCAACGGGUACGAUACCUCGCCUCUCCUUCACCGUCACGAACCUCCUUAAUGGGGCCGGCGCCGGGUGGUUCCCACUCGAGCAGCACUAACAGCAGCACUCCCGGAGGUAACGCUGGUCAACAAGUUCGCAUCUGCGAUGACGAUGAUGACGGGAGCGAUAGUUCCUGUACAAUAAUGCGCAACCAACGGGCGCGUGAUGAUGGUGCUAAAGAGAAAUAUGAGAGCUGCCACGAGCAUCGACCCCAAUCAAUAAGCAGCGAAGCAGACGUAAGCUGGCUGUCUUCCAGACCAAUCCGCUCCAACCACCAGCGUAUACCGUAUAACAGCAACAAUGCACUUACGCUUUGUACCGGCGGCAGUACUAUCGCUACAACAACUUCUACUGCUGAAAUUAGUUGCCCCGCAACAGAUUUUACUUCAAACACAGCUAUUCACCUCUCUACUAGUGUUUUGAGCGUAAGCGAAGUGUCUGGCUGCAAUCGGCAGCCACAGCAGAACGGCACGCUACUGACGAUUAGUGCGCCCGGUCGCGAAUGUCUCCGUGGGGCACACUUGCCAUUAAUGGCCGAAGGGGCUGGCCCUCACAGCGUCAUAUCGAACUAUGAUGAAUUCUACAACGAGGAAGGGGUUGUUAUUAUAUGAAGUGCAUCCUUUCAAAUUAAAGACAGCUGCCCAAGCGUACCGCCACACCCUUACUUUAGAGA